AAAAUCAACAAUAGAGCUCACUUGGGCUUGAGUAUUAUUACAACAUAAAUAUGGGUGUUUUAUGGAAGAUUGUUGUGUCUUGUGGUGUAGUUAUUCUUUUGAUAAGUUACCAAAUUAAUAAACUGAUAACACCAGGGCUGGCCCCAAAGUUGAACGAGACAUGGUGGGGUGAUGGAAAUUUUUCCAAGAUAGAUGAAACGAUUUAUACAUUUCGAAUUAACGUUUCUAACGAGGUCUUACAAGAUCUGAAAUACAGGCUAAAUCAUGCUAGAACUUUCACCCCUCCUUUGGAAGGAACGCAGCAACAAUACGGGAUGAACACGAAUUUGCUAAAGGAAAUUGUCCUCUUUUGGAAAACAAAGUACGACUGGAAAGAACGCGAAAAAAUAUUCAAUAGCUAUCCUCAGUAUACGACCAACAUCCAAGGCAUUAAUAUUCACUUUAUACACGUUAAACCAGAAUCCCCUAACAAGAAAGUCAUGCCGUUACUACUUUUACAUGGAUGGCCCGGAUCGAUAAGGGAAUUUUUCCAACUGAUACCCCUUUUAACGACACCUAGUCCAGAUAAAAAUUUCGUAUUUGAAGUCAUAGUACCGUCCAUACCCGGCUAUGGUUUUUCUCAAGCAGCUGUGCGUCCUGGUUUAGGCGCUCCUCAAAUGGCCGUUAUUUUUAAAAAUCUGAUGAAACGUUUAGGCUUUGAAAAAUAUUACGUACAAGGAGGCGAUUUCGGUGCCAUUAUAUUGCAUCAGAUGUCGGUUUUGUAUCCUGAAUCUGUGUUGGGUUUUCACUCAAAUAUGUGUGUAGUAUAUACUCCUCUGGCAGUUUUGAAAACAUUAGUUGGUGCUGUGUAUCCCACUUGGUUUACUAGACAGGACCAUGUUGAAAGAGUUUACCCUCUAACACAUUAUUUUUCUUUUAAGUUGGAAGAAAGCGGCUACUUCCAUGUUCAAACGACAAAACCAGAUACAUUAGGAGUUUCUUUGCGGGAUUCCCCGGUGGGAUUGGCAGCUUAUAUUCUUGAAAAAUUCGUUACGGGAACCAAUUUCACUUACAAAAGUCGUGAAGAUGGUGGUCUGAGAGAUCACUAUAAUUAUGCCGAUCUUUUGGACAAUGUUAUGGUUUACUGGAUAACGGGUUCUAUGCCCACUGCCAUGAGACUUUAUGCCGAGACGUUCAGUAAAAAAAAUUAUUUAACACUAGGAGUUAGUAGAAUGCCAGUUCAAGUUCCUAGUGCAUGUGUACGCUUCAGAUAUGAUUUAUACGCUUCGGAUGGAAUGUUGCCAGAACUUUAUCCCAAUUUACUGCAUUUAGCUGACUACAGUGGUGGUCAUUUUGCAGCAUUUCAGCAGCCAGAUUUGUUUGCUAAGGACAUUUUUACUGCAAUUGAGAAAUUUGAAAAAUUUCAUGGUCAUUCAAGCUAGGUAAUAAUAACUUGAGCAUGUUUAUUUUACUUUUUUAAAUUUUUAAGUUAGGAUAGAUGAAUACUGUAAAUAAGCUAAAAUGUUUAUGUCAUUGUCUAGUAUCU